AUUUUUGUUUCUCUGUUGGGUGAAUGCGCAGAACCUGGGUCUGCUUUCGACGCGGCAGACGGUGCGGGGCGGAAGCUGGCGGAGUUCCUGCAGGAGCAGAGUCCGGUGGACUGGCGCCAUCGUCCGCGCCACCGCUGUAUUUGCCGUCCACGAUGCCCUUCUGUUGUGUUUUUUCUUUUUUUCAAUGAACAGCCAGCCGAUGAGGCGAAUUGGGGGGCGCAGAGAGGAAGGUACGAGGGUCGCCGCUAUGAAGUGGGCGGGGCACAAUGCCAUCAGACUGGCCUUCGCAUGUGCCAUUUGUUUAUGUUUACUGUUAUCUUUUGCCCUUUAUUUUAUUUUAUUUUGUUUUGA